AUGGGUUUAUGUUUUGGUAAAACUGAUGGUUCACAAUCAUCAUCAUCAAAUAAUCAAUCUUCCAAUCAAGAUGGUAAAAAUAAGAAUAAUCAACGUAUCAAUGAUAAUGAUCCAAAUAAUGAAGGUGGUGAUGAAAUGAAUGAAAAUGCUGAUCCAAAUUCAGGAAAUUAUGAUGUAAAAUUAUUAUUAUUAGGAUCAGGUGAAUCAGGUAAAUCAACAUUUUUCAAACAAGUUCGUAUUAUAUCACAAAGACCAUUUUUAGAGAAUGAACGUCGUCGUGUUAAAAAUACAGUUCAUUUCAAUGUAGUUUCAAGUAUGGCAGUAAUGUGUCAAAAAUUAAAAGAAUUAAACUUGGAAUUCUCAAGUGAAGAAUUAAGUAAAUGUGCAGAACGUGUAUUACAAUUAAGUAAGAAUAGAGCAUUCAUGACAUCAACAACAAGUGUUAAAGGAGGUGAUCGUAAUUUUUAUACUGAUGAAAUUGCUAAUGAUAUUUAUCAAUUAUGGAAAGAUUCAACUAUUCAAAAAGUAUUUCAAAAUAAUAGAAAUGAUGUUCAUGUUUUUGAUGGUGCUGAAUAUUUCUUUGAACGUUUAGAUAUAAUUAGAAAAAAUGAUUACAUUCCAUCUGAGGAAGAUUUAUUAUAUUGUCGUCAAAAAACUAUUGGUAUUGUUGAAGUUUCAUUCGAUCAUGAAUCUUUAAAAUUUAGUUUAUUUGAUGUUGUUUCAACAACAUUAAGGAAUGUAAAUUUUGUGAAUGGAAGUGAUUGUUGUUUUGGAGUGGCUUCAUUUUUAGGUGUUGUUAAACCUGGUUGA